GCUGCUCCCCGUCACAUGGCGCGGCGCGGAGGCGGGGGCUCCGCUUGCGUCACUUCCGCUCCUCUCCUGGUACGGCGGGGCAGCGCGCGGAGCAGGACAAUGCCUAAGUCAAAGGAACUCGUGUCUUCAAGCUCAUCUGCCAGUGAUUCAGAUAGUGAAGUUGACAAAAAGGCAAAGCGGAAAAAGCAAGCAGCUCCAGAAAAGCCUGUAAAGAAACAAAAGACGGGUGAGAGUUCAAAAGGUGCCGCUUCUUCUAAACAAAGCAGCAACAGAGAUGAGAAUAUGUUUCAGAUUGGCAAAAUGAGGUAUGUCAGUGUUCGUGAUUUUAAAGGGAAAGUUUUAAUUGAUAUUAGAGAAUAUUGGAUGGAUCAAGAAGGUGAAAUGAAGCCUGGCAGAAAAGGUAUUUCUUUAAAUCCAGAGCAGUGGAACCAGCUGAAGGAACAGAUUUCUGAUAUUGAUGAUGCAGUAAGAAAAUUGUAAAGACAGAGUCAUACAGAAAUCUUUAUCAUAGAGAAGAUGAACCAACUUCAUGAGAAUUGACAUUUCAAGAAUAUGUAAUGAAUGUACAAUUUUUUGUUUCACCCAUGAUUUUUCCACACUUAAAAGUGUUUUUAAAUUUUAUAUAGGUAAACAAGAUUUGCUACUUAAUUCUGUAGUAACUUAAUGCAAUUGUUUAUACUGAAGACAUGCAUGGACAUCCUGUUCUGCUAAGUGCCAUAUGCAGACCUUGUGCUGCAGAGUUUAUAAUUCACUACACAUGGUUUAUGAAGGGUGAGAGAAAGUAACUUAGUGAUAUUAAAUGUGUAUUACUUAAUUUAAAUAUUAUGUAAGGUACUUCAUUCUGCUUUAUAACUUACUGAAAUAUGAAUUUAAGAACUACAGUGACGGUGAAUAAAAGGUGAAGAGAUGUCUUACUGUAGCUGCACCGUUUUUGGGCACAACUUUCUUCAACUGCUAAUGACAUGCAGGGACAUCUGGACCAAAUAAAACAAAAACGAAAUACCUGUUAACAUCAGUGCAUGAAAUAAAUUGCUUUAGGUCUCUGAGAGGUUUUAGGCUUUUUUUUUAAUUUGCAGUAUGUAUUUGCAGGUGUUUUUUCCUUUAAAUACAAAGUUUUGUGACCAGAUUGUAUCUUUUAACCUCAAAACCUUCAUGGGCUAUCUUGACAAACAUGAUUAUCACAAUGGAAGGAGCAUAGUCUUCAGUUAGAUUACUGUGGUAAUAAGUAAUUGGACAGCAGUUGUAUUUCAGAGCAUGAGAUAAUUAUGUUCAGGAAGGUGAAGAAUUCAUUCAUUUGGAGAGAGUAAGUGAAAAAGUUUUGAUAUUGUGAUUAGUUCUCUUGUGGAAAUUCGUGAUGGAAAUGUUCAAAUAAAUUACUCCUAGUUCUUACAAGACAACACUCUUACUGUAUUUGUGGGGAUAUCUACCAGAGCUGCUUAGCCCAUUUUACUAGAUAGAAUUUGAGGCACUUUGAUUUUACUUGGCUUGUGUAUUGAAAAAUAGCUUUCCAAUCUGCCAGUUAUAUUUCUGCCUGUAUUAUGGAUUAAAAUAUAUAUAUUUUACUUGAGCUGGUGUUAACAUCUGCAUGAAUGUCCUACCAAAAAGGGUAGCUAAAUUAAACAGUCAGUUUCUCAGAUGAAUUGUGAGGAAAUUCUUUCCACCUCAAAUGACUGAUGGCUAAAUAGUUGACUUGUAUCUUAAACAUUCAGUGUUACUUUGAAAUUAAUAGUUGGUUGUGAUUUGUUGUGUGUUGUCUUCAGCUGUACUACUUCUUACUUGAAAGCUCCAAUUUUUGGGUACAGAUUAUUUUCUUGCAGAUGAAAUAGUACUUAGAGUACAACUAGAAGAAAAUUGUGCAUGUUUGAAAAGACUAAUAUGAGGUAAAAAUAAACACUACUCCCUUUCCCACUGAAGUUGCAAAAGAAAGAUACGUUUAUUAGGUGAUACUGAUGCAGGGCAUACUAGCAACAUGUUUUAUGAAUUUAAUUACAAUGGCUCAGAGAUGGAAAAAUACAUCAGUUAAACCAGCCAAAGUACCAUGCGUUUGCUAAAUCAAACUGUCACGUAUGAUGUUGCUCUUUUGUAGAAAUAUUCAUAUUGAAAUUAAAAAAAUGCAGCACUAAGUUUGAUAUUUCUGUUACAGGAAAUGCCCCAGUUAUGUAAUUCUGAUGUGAUCUGUUGGAAAAAAAAAUUGGGAACUGUAAUUCUGGUAACUUAAAUGUCAUAUUGUUAACCAUGUAGAGUAUUUUAUGUUUUGUUCUGUGAUCUCUACUGCAGAGAGACCACUGGAAAUAUGAGCCCUCCAAUUGUACUUUUAAUGUUCAAAUAAAAAAGUUGAAUGGCAAAUGUGUAAUAAGAAUUUGAACACCUGGAAAUAAAUGAAGACUUCUGUUGAAAUAGUGUUAUUUUUAAUAGAAAUUUAACUGCACUAUUUUUUUUUCUUGUGAAAAUUGCUGAUUGUUUCUUGCAACUAUUGUAAUUUGGGAAUUAGAAUGCUUAUCCAUUUUGUAUUUGGUCUGUGUUUGUGGGAGGGGGUUUGAUUGUGUAGGCCAAAAGGAUAGUAGUUUUUUCUUUUUGAAUAGAACAAUUAUCUUGUAAAUAUGGAAGCAGCAGAUAGGAACACAUUUUCAAACCCUGAGGUUUGAAAGAGAAGGGCUUGAAAAGUCACUUUUGUUAAGAAAUCGGGCAAUUGUCUUUCCAGUGGAGUUUUUUUACCUGACAAUAAAUGUCACUGUAGGCUGGGUAGAAAACAGCUAUUCACCCACUGUUUUAAAUCACUAAUUAGGUUAGUGUAGGCUUCUUUAGGAAAGAUAUUUCUUCAUGCACUCUGUGACAGGAUUAUCUGAUUAUGUGAUUGAUCCAAACAUUUCUUAAAGUAAUUUUGAUUAGUUCAGCAUUUCAUGGCCACUGAAGUAGUAGAGAGUGUAGUUCAUAGGGAAGAAACACCAUUUGGAGUUGGUAGAGAGUUGUCUACCGUUACUCAUUACUGUCUUCUCCUUAUGGAUAGGAUCCAUCUUUGAUUGUAGCUCUGGUGACUGUGAGAUGGUGAGCUGUAGAAUACAAUAUGAAUUGAGAUAGUGAGCUGUAGAAUACAAUAUGUAGGGGGUCCAUAACAUCCUUUAGUUUUGAUAACUCAAAGGGAAUUCGCAAAUAGCAUUGCUUAGAGGAAUUUAUUACUAAACAACUUACUGUUGUUUAGUUUAACCAUUUGCUAACUCAAGACGGAUUUAUUGCUUAGUUUAACAUUUUGCUUUUCCCGAGCGUGUUCUCACAGGGAGCUUUCUCACGUCAGUGGAGAGAGGCCCCUAAGAAAAUAAUGGAAGAAGCAGAUAAGCAGGAUAAGAAAUUGCUGAGGCAUGCAGGGCGGGAAAAGAGCUCAGAAUUAGGUGAAGGUCGAAAGGACAUGGCGAGGAAGAGGUCUGACUUCAUCCCGGAACGAGCAUCAAAUGGGGAGGAAGACGUCGAGCCUUCAUCCACUGGAAGCUAAUGCGCAUGCCCUGGGGAGAGGGACAGUACGUAAAUGAAUUCCCGGAAAAGAAAUGAAUAUGUCAAUGGGUCUUGGGUAGCACUGUUGAAUAUGUAUGGUUUGGCUUAUAAAUGUAACGAGACCCCACACUUCGGUGUGCAAGCUAGGAGGAGUGAUCCCCCUUGCACCCAGCGUGUGGCGCAGCGCUGAAAUAAAGAACGUAUCUGCUCUUAUAA